AUUCUUUUUCAAUUUUUACUUCGAUAGAGAUACAGCUGCCCUCCAUCUCUGAUUCCCUUCCCACUUCCAGUCUACGCCUCUCUCCCCCACUUCACUGACGAGUGCCGAGACUGCCGGCAGCCCAGUCGAAGACAACCCUUCCCUCUCCCCAGUAGGCGCCGGCGGCAUCUCCUUUUCUCUACUCUUCCCUCUCCCCAGUCGGCGACAUCUCCUUUUCUCUCCCCAGUCGGCGACAUCUCUUUUCCUCUCCCCAGUCAACGACAUCUCUUUUCCUCUCCCAAGUCGGCGACAACUCGUUUCCCUCUUUCCCCAGUUGGCGUUUCUUUAUUUCGUGGAAUAGGUUAUUCUAGUAAUCAUCGGUUGAUUUUUAUAAUCAAGAUUUGACUGGAACUCUCCUCAGGAAUGACUGACGGUCAUCUCUUCAACAAUAUCUCUCUCGGAGGCCGUGGAGGCACGAACCCAGGGCAGCUAAAGUUACAUUCAGGGGGAAUUCAAUGGAAGAAACAGGGUGGUGGUAAAGCAGUGGAAGUUGAUAAAGCUGAUAUUACAGGAGUGACAUGGAUGAAGGUACCAAGGACAAAUCAACUUGGUGUUCGGAUCAAAGAUGGCUUGUACUACAAAUUCACUGGCUUCCGGGACCAGGAUAUUGCGAACUUGACCAAUUCUUUCCAGAGCAGUUGUGGAGUAACACUAGAAGAGAAGCAUCUUUCAGUUACUGGACGUAAUUGGGGAGAGGUUGAUUUAAAUGGAAAUAUGCUUACCUUUCUGGUUGGUUCAAAGCAAGCAUUUGAGGUAUCAUUAGCAGAUGUCUCACAAACUCAACUACAAGGAAAAAAUGAUUGUAUCUUGGAGUUCCAUGUGGAUGAUACAACUGGAGCUAAUGAGAAAGAUUCAUUAAUGGAGAUAAGUUUUCACAUACCUGGUAACAACACCCAAUUUGUUGGUGAUGAAAAUCGACCUCCUGCUCAGGUUUUUCGAGAAAAGAUUUUGUCAAUGGCAGAUGUUGAUCCUGGUGGUGAAGAAGCUGUUGUUACAUUUGAUGGUGUUGCAAUCCUGACACCAAGGGGCCGUUACAAUGUUGAACUUCAUCUGUCAUUCUUGCGGCUCCAAGGACAGGCCAACGAUUUCAAAAUUCAAUACAGCAGUGUUGUUCGCCUCUUUUUGCUUCCAAAGUCUAACCAGCCGCAUACUUUUGUCAUUGUUACUCUGGACCCUCCUAUACGUAAGGGGCAAACUUUGUAUCCACACAUUGUGUUGCAGUUUGAUACUGACAAUGUGGUCCAAAACACAUUGUCAAUCAAUGAAGACCUUUUGAGCACAAAGUACAAAGACAAGUUAGAACCAUCUUAUAAGGGACUCAUUCAUGAUGUGUUCACAACAGUAUUGCGGGGCUUGUCUGGUGCUAAAGUAACUAAACCAGGAAAAUUCCGUAGCUGUCAAGAUGGUUAUGCAGUGAAGUCAUCACUGAAAGCUGAAGAUGGUCUUCUUUAUCCACUUGAGAAAAGCUUCUUCUUCUUACCAAAACCUCCUACCCUUAUUCUUCAUGAGGAGAUUGAUUAUGUUGAAUUUGAGAGACACGCAGCUGGUGGCUCAAAUAUGCAUUAUUUUGAUCUUCUUAUAAGACUCAAAAGUGAGCAAGAACAUCUGUUCCGAAACAUCCAGAGAAAUGAGUAUCACAAUCUUUUUGACUUCAUCAGUGGGAAGGGUCUGAAGAUUAUGAACCUAGGUGAUAUGCAAACAACAAAUGGUGUGGCUGCUGUUCUCCAAAGUGAUGAUGAUGAUGCUGUUGACCCACAUCUUGAGCGCAUUAAGAAUGAAGCUGGAGAUGAGAGUGAUGAAGAGGAUGAAGAUUUUGUUGCGGACAAGGAUGAUGAAGGCUCUCCUACUGAUGAUUCUGGGGAUGAAGAAUCUGAUGCUAGUGAAAGUGGAGAUGAGAAAAAGAAGCCUAUGAAAAAGGAAUCCACAAAGGAGCCCUCAUCUUCAAAGGGUGUAUCUAAGAAGAAAGUGAAAGAUGGAAAUGAGGAUGGAUCUAAGAAGAAAAAACAAAAGAAGAAGAAGGAUCCAAAUGCACCAAAGAAGGCAAUGUCUGGUUUCAUGUUCUUCUCACAAAUGGAAAGGGAGAAUGUGAAGAAAAGUAAUCCUGGCAUUGCUUUUGGGGACGUAGGAAAAAUUCUUGGAGACAGGUGGAAGCAACUGUCAGUGGAAGAUAAAGAACCAUACGAAGCAAAGGCUCGAGCAGAUAAAAAGCGUUAUAAAGAUGAAGUCAGUGGCUACAAGAACCCUCAGCCUGUGAAUUUGGGGUUGGGGAAUGAAUCUGACAGUGACUAGAUGGUAUGCUUCUUCCGGGCAAUAACAUCUCUGUAGAGACUACUAUACUGUUGAAUUAUAAAGGUUUACUUAGAAUAGAAAUUGUUACUUUUCUUAAUUAUUAGAAAAAGAAUAUAUGUAUGUGGGAUCUAUAACAGGAAGUGUUCCUCUCCUAUUACAACAGUAAAGAAGGUUAAAUCUAA